GUAAGGGACACAGAGCAGGCUGUAGAGCACACACAGAUGAGUCCGCUACCGGCCUCUCAUCAUCUGCUAUCUGAGGCAGCCGCUUCAUUCUGCCUAAUGGUAUGGUUGGCCCUUUUUAUGUCAGGCCAGGCUAUUUAUCUAUGUUUCAUUGCUGUCUACUCUGACUGGCAGCAGUUUUCCAGAGCUCAGACAGAGGCUGUUCACAUUGACUGUUACUUAAUAUUCCUUUUUUUAAAAAGAGGUGCCAGGGAAUAAACCUGCCACCUUCUGCAUGCAAAUCAUGUGUACCACUCAGCUGUAGUCUCUUUGCACUGCUGUCAUGACCUGCAGAAAUGGAACCUUUCUAGCAUGGAGGUGCAAAGAGCUGGCAAGCUUCCUUUGUAGAAUUUCUUCUUGUCGUACAGAUUAAGAAACAGAAAAGAAGGUGGCUAGCUAGAAACAGUCUGCUGUGAAAAGUCAGCUGUGGUGAGUCAUUUGUAGGAGAGUGUCAGCGGGCAAAGGCCAGCUGCAGGAUAUUCAGCUCUGCUGGGUGUUUACAAGAGGCCCCCAGUGGGAAAGUCGUGUGUUUGGUACCUGCUAGAACGAAGAGCACGCCAUGGCAGAAUUUACUGGAGGAGACGUUUACCAGGCAGAAUUCGACCCCAAAGCCUAUCUGGAAUAUUUCAAGUUUGGAGAAGGCACCUUGGGGGAUGAAGUCCUCGAAUUUGUCUUGGGAUGCUUUUGCAAAACAUUUACUUCAGGGCGUCUAAAAGGUGAGACCCUGAUCGAUAUUGGGAGUGGCCCCACCAUCUACCAACUCCUCUCGGCCUGUGAGUCUUUUGAGAGCAUCAUUGCCUCCGAUUAUGUCGACCAGAACUGCCAGGAAAUUGAAAAAUGGCUGAAGAAUGAGCCGGGAGCUUUUGACUGGACCCCGGUGGUGAAGUAUGUGUGUAAGCUGGAAGGAAAGAGGGACAAGUGGGCAGAAAAGGAGGCAAAGCUACGAAGAACCAUCAAAGGUGUUCUGAAAUGUGACGUCCAUCAAAGCAACCCAAUGGGUCCGUCCUCUUUGCCUCAGGCUGACUGCCUGCUCUCUGCAGAAUGCCUCGAGUCUGCUUGCAAAGACCUCAGCAGCUUCCGGGCUGCUCUGAAGAACAUCAGCUCUCUGCUGAAGCUUGGGGGGCAUUUGGUGCUCAGUGGAGUUUUGGGGUGUACGUUCUACAUGGUUGGCCCCCGUACAUUCUCCAGCUUGUUCCUGACGGAGGAAUUCUUGAGAGAGGCCCUUGGCCAAGGCGGAUUUGCCAUUACUGAGUUUGAGAUGCGGCCCAGAAUUGACAAAACAAUGAUGGAGACCAGUGAUUUCUCUGCAGGGUACUUCAUCGUUGCAUGCAAGGAGAAAGAGGCCUAAUCAAAUCAAAUGCCAGAGGAGGUGGACUUGGAUCCUCAAGGCUAAAUGAGCAGAAUAGCCCUGGAUCUGGGUUCAAGUCCUACCUUUGUCCCAGAUUAGGCUUUUAUUAGGUUUUAGUUUUAUCCUGGUUUAAUCCUUUUACUAUUUUGCAAAUUAGACUUUGUAAAAAUAAAAGCGCCUAAUAAGUGUAAAUAAUAAGAAUAGGAAUGGAAGUUUUUUUAAAUUUCUCAGCCGCAGGUCCCUGUAUGUAAAAUGGGUGUGACAGUGACCUGUCCUCAUGGAGUUGUUAUGGAGAAAAAUAAAGAUUGCCAAGCAGAGAUCAAAAUAAAAGUUUUGGAUUAUCUUCAAA